AUGGUUCAAAUCGGCGCAAUGCAAGGCCUGGUCGCCACUGUUGCUGUACUGACAGUAGCAGUGCUUGUGUACCGAUUGGCCAUUUCCAACCAACGCCUCAAAAGCAGCCAUCCGCUUCCACCUGGUCCUAAACCACGCAUGCUCAUCGGGAACAUCCCAGACCUCCCACCUGCAGGCGCGAAAGAAUGGCUCCAUUGGCUUAGGCUCAAAGAGCAGUAUGGUCCCAUCAGCUCGCUGUCGGUACUUGGGCAGAGCAUAAUCAUCAUCAGUGACUACAAGAUUGCCGUCGACUUGAUGGAGAAGCGCUCGGCCUUCACUUCCUCUCGGCCGACUCUCGAGUUCGGUUCCAAGCUCUGUGGUUGGGAGAGAGGACUCGCGAUGAUGCCGUACUCUCCCAAGGUGCGUGCCUAUCGAAAGGCACUCCACGCUGUGCUCGGGACUCACUCCGCAAUCGACCCGUUCCGACCACUGAUUGAGUUGGAGACGCGCCGGUUUCUGCUCCGAGUCCUCGAGAAGCCCGAAGACGUUUUGCAGUCGAUACGUACCCAGGCAGGCGCCAUCAUUUUGAAGAUCGGCUACGAUUAUACCGUUGAGCCUCACGGGCAUGACCCUUUGGUCGACCUGGCCGAUAAAGCUCUCGAUCAAUUCUCCAAGGCCUGUGCACCAGGUGCAUGGAUGGUAGAUGUCAUUCCCACGUUGAAAUUUUUGCCAGAGUGGUUGCCUGGUGCAGGGUUCAAGCGCACAGCACGCCAAUGGAAGACUACCCUUCAUUCCGUGGCAGACAAACCGUAUGCAUUCGUGGAGAGGCAGCUCAAGAAGGGCGAAGCCGAGCCAUCAUACCUCUCCAAGCUGAUCGAAAGCGAGAAGGGUACAUUAACUCCUGAGGCUGACGAGAUUGCUCGCUGGUCAGCCUUUGCAUUGUACACUGGCGGUGCCGACACGACUGUGUCUUCGAUGUCGUGUUUCGUCCUCGCAAUGGCGUUGUACCCGGAAGCACAGAAGAAGGCGCAGGCAGAGAUCGAUGCUUUCGUCGGCACGUCACGCCUACCCACGUUCAAAGAUCGCGCAUCUCUGCCAUAUGUUGACGCUCUGAUCAAAGAAGUCCUCCGCUGGCACCCCGUGGGUCCCAUGGGUGUGCCUCACUUGACGACGAAAGCAGAGGUGUACAAUGACUACCUGAUCCCAGAGAACAGUCUGCUCAUUCCAAACAUAUGGGCCAUGCUGCACGAUCCAGCGGUCUACCAUCAGCCCGAUGUCUUCAACCCUUCGCGAUACCUCGAUGAUUGCGCUGAGCCUGAUCCAUACAAUAUGUCAUUCGGCUUCGGACGAAGAAUUUGUCCUGGAAAGCUCUUCGCCGAUUCCACUCUUUUUUCAACGAUCGCGAGUUUCCUGGCAGUAUUUCAGGUAAGGAAAUGCAGAGACGUCAGUGGAAAGGAGAUCGAGCCCGAAGUCGAUUUCCUGCCCGGGAUCAUCAGCCAUCCGAAGCCGUUCAAAUGUGACAUCAAGCCGAGGUCGGCGGAGCACGAGAGACUGAUCAAGAGUGUUGAGGUUGAGCAUCCGUGGCCAGAACAUGGGGAUGCAAAGUACCUGGACUCGGAGAUAGCGUAG